GCUCCUUCAAAUUUGUUUCCUUUUUUCCUCUUGUUCUUCCUUAUUUACUUCAAUCACCCUCCCGCGUUGAUCUUCCUCCCAAAAAUCCUCCUCUUAUCCCUAAGUUCGCUCUCGAUCGGUAAAUCAGAGCUCGACCGUUCCGAUCUCGCUCUUUUUGUUUAUCGUCAAUGGAAUCGGAUAGCCUCGAGUGCGUUUCGUUGGCGGACGGGCUGGAUGAGGAGGAUAUCGCUCAGCACGUCUCGUCCAAGCCGCAUGCCGGAGGCGCUGCCUUUCCCGGGGUUUCUCCCGCCACUAGCGUCCACGAGUUGCUUGAGUGCCCGGUCUGCGCCAACUCUAUGUAUCCCCCGAUCCAUCAGUGUUGUAAUGGUCAUACACUGUGCUCUACUUGUAAAUCAAAGGUGCAUAAUCGUUGCCCUACAUGUAGACAAGAGCUUGGGGAUAUAAGGUGUCUAGCCCUGGAAAAAGUAGCAGAAUCACUUCAGCUUCCUUGCAAGUACAGCAACUUAGGAUGUUCUGAAAUCAUCCUUUACUACAGCAAGAUCAAGCAUGAAGCACAGUGCAACUUCAGACCUUACAACUGCCCAUAUGCAGGAUCAGAGUGCUUAGUUGUUGGGGAUACUCCUUCCUUGGUUGCACAUUUGAGAGAUGAUCAUAAGGUGGACAUGCACACUGGAUGUACUUUCAAUCACCGUUAUGUGAAGUCGAAUCCACGUGAGGUUGAAAAUGCAACAUGGAUGUUAACUGUUUUUUACUGUUUUGGCCAAUAUUUCUGCUUGCACUUUGAGGCCUUUCAGUUAGGAAUGGCUCCUGUUUACAUGGCCUUUCUUCGGUUCAUGGGCGAUGAGAACGAGGCGAGAAACUUCAGUUACAGCCUUGAAGUUGGGGGCAAUGGCAGGAAACAAAUAUGGGAAGGUACUCCACGGAGCAUUCGUGAUAGUCACCGUAAAGUACGUGACAGUCAUGAUGGCCUUAUUAUACAUAGGAACAUGGCACUCUUCUUCUCCGGUGGUGACCGGAAGGAACUGAAGCUGCGGGUUACUGGACGGAUAUGGAAGGAGCAGCCAAACUCCGAUUCUUGAACUAAAUGUGCUGCAAUCUAUCUUAUUCAAUUGUGUAGCUAUGUUGUAGCAUUGACAUACUUUCUCCAUGUUACAUUGGAUUGUUAUCAGUGGUAAUUGUGAAUAGAAGAACGUAUGGUUAGUUAACCAGUGUAUUCUGCCACUACAGUUGGGGAUCAUGCUCGAUUUUGAACAUUUUCAUU